UCAAAAAGUCUGGGUCAGCAAGCGCUUGAUCAAACCAUUCAGCCUAACAAAAUGGCAGCCUCUUUGCGGUCGUGUGUUUUUGCAAGAAAUUCUGCAUUUUCCCAUUAUUUCAAUGCUAGAAAGUAUUAUAGACCAUUGUCUUUGCUUGCAGGUCAAAUAUAUUCAUUCGCGGAUUUACAAUUAGGCCUGCUUCCAAAGGUACUGCUGUACCAGGCACACUUUUUAUCACCAUGGCAGCGGUAUAUGCAGAUGUCUUCAGACAGUAAUAAUUCUGCAGAGAGUACAAAGGAUGAAGAGUACCAUACACUUAUCAAAGAUACUGAGCGAUCAAGGGGUCCUGGAGAUACUCGUGAGUUCCAGGCUGACACUAGGAAGCUGCUUGACAUUGUUGCGAGGUCCUUGUACAGCGAAAAAGAGGUAUUCAUCCGGGAACUGAUAUCAAAUUCAAGCGAUGCAUUGGAGAAGCUGCGAUAUGUACAGAUGAAGAACGAGAAAAUAGAAGACUCCAAUCUCGACUUGGAAAUUCAUAUAGCUACCAAUGCAAACAAGAAAACAUUUACCAUACAGGACACUGGUGUUGGAAUGACCAAGGAGGAAAUGGUGCAAAAUCUGGGAACAAUCGCUCACUCGGGAUCCAAGGCUUUUCUAGACUCGGUGGGCGACAGUGCUGACAAUGGCCGGAACAUCAUCGGUCAGUUUGGGGUGGGCUUCUACUCCUCCUUCAUGGUGGGCUACAAGGUGGAGGUCUAUAGCAAGUCCAUGAAGCCUGGAUCUGUCGCGUACAAGUGGACCUCCGAUGGUACUGGGACAUACGAGAUAGCAGAGGCGGAAGGUGUACAGAGAGGCACAAAGAUUGUCAUUCACCUGAAAGGGGACAGCAGCGAGUUCUGUGUGGACAGCUUUGUGAAAGAUGUGAUUGCUAAGUACAGUAACUUUGUGGGUCUACCCAUAUACCUGAAUGGGAAGAAGGUCAAUGUUGUCCAGGCCCUGUGGAUGAUGGAUCCAAAGGAUGUUACUGAGGACAUGCAUGAGGAAUUCUACAGAUUGAUUGCAAAUGUGUAUGACAAACCCCGAUACAGUCUCCACUACAAGACAGACGCCCCUGUCAAUAUCCGGGCGCUGUUCUAUGUACCCGAGUACAAACCAACGCUGUUUGACAUGUCUAGGGAGACAGACAGCAGUCUGCAGCUCUACAGCAGGAAAGUGAUGAUAAUGUCCAAGACCAACAUGAUCCUGCCUAAGUGGCUGAGAUUUGUGAAAGGAGUGGUAGACAGUGAAGACAUCCCCCUCAAUCUCAGUAGAGAAUUGCUACAGGACAGCUCUCUCAUCAGAAAGCUGAGCAAUGUGUUGACCAAUCGACUGAUCAAGUAUUUCCAAGAGCAGUCUAAGAAGGACCCAGAGCGUUAUGACCAGUUCUAUGAGGACUACGGCCUGUUCUUCCGUGAGGGCAUUGUCACCACCCCGGAACAGGAGACCAGGGAAUCAAUUGCAAAGCUGCUGAGAUUUGAAUCGUCCCAUUUACCGGCAGGGGAGAGAACUAGUCUGGAGGAUUACUGCUCAAGGAUGAAGGCUGGAAAACGCAACAUCUUCUUUCUGUCUGCACCUAGUCGUGAGAUCGCAGAACACUCGCCCUACCUGGAGGCCAUGCGUAAGAAAGACGCCGAGGUGCUGUUCCUGUAUGAGUCUUAUGACGAACUUGUGCUGAUGAACCUUGGUCAGUUUGACAGCAAGACCUUGAAGGGCAUCGAGAACGAACUGGUAGAGGAUAAGGAGGACACUGACACUGUCAAUGAGAAAGAUGAGACAAGUUUAAGCCAGGCAGACGCAGACAAAUUGAUGAACUGGCUCAAAGCAACACUCACCAACAGGGUACACAAAGUCAAAAUCACCAAGCGCCUGUCCAGCCACCCCUGUGUGAUCAGCGUCAAGGAGAUGGGGGCGGCAAGGCACUUCCUGCGGACCACACUGGCAGAUAAAUCACCCGAGGAGAGAUUCAGUCUGCUACAACCCACACUGGAAAUAAAUCCAUGCCACCCAUUGAUCAAGAAAUUGAACAUAUUACAAACAGACGACCAGUACCUUGCCAAGCUCCUAGCAGAACAGUUGUAUGACAAUGCCAUGGUUACGGCCGGUUUGCUGGACGACCCUCGCUCCAUGGUGACACGACUGAACCAACUCCUCGAAAAGGCCCUGGACAAGGUGUGACUCAUCCACAGUGAGGCAGCAAACUGUCCCUAGGGGUGGUGGGGCGAUAUGCAGGACUGGUGUUCAUUUACACACUUGGGUGUGUUUUUAACAGCAAAUAAACUUUGUGGAUCAUACUGUGUUUUUGACUUAAGGACUUAAAAGCACUUGUGUUUGUUUUUACGAAAAUAAUUGUGAUAACUUGUUUCUCAGUUCUUUUAUAGGAAACUUCUUUUUCUUUUCUCUUAAAGAUAAUAGUUUCACUGACAAGCCAUGCUAAGAUUAUUGUUAAGAUAUUAUGUAUCAUUAUUGUACAAAUAAUAUGUGUUGUGUUCUGAGAAAACUGGGCUUAAUGCAUGUGCGUAAAGUGUUGUCCAGGAUUAGCUUGUGCAGUCCGCACAGGCUAAUCAGGGACAACACUUUCCGCCUUAACUUGAUUUUUGGUAAGGAGGGACUUCCUCAAACCUAAAAAUACCAUAAAAGCUGAAAGUGUUGUCCCUGAUUAGCCUGUGCGGACUGCACAGGCUAAUCUGGGAUGACACUACGCACAUGCAUUAAGCCCAGUUUUCUCAGAACGCGACUCAUAUAUGCACUUGAUAAAUGCAUCAUUCAGAGCUUUCUUUAUUCAAUGUGAAAAUUGACAGACAUUGUUUCUAAGUAGAAUACUGUUCCAUCUAAUUUUUACUAAACUACUUACGCAAAUAUUAGACUACCUAUAUGACCCACAUCACGUGAAAACCAUUCUUAUGCAAUAUGCCGCCAGUGUAGCUCCAGAUUUAUGUGUGCAGUCGUUCAGUCUGGUCAGAAGUUACGCUGUCUGCCAGAAAUUUAUGCUAGGUUUCUUGUUGUCAUUAGCAGGCAGAAUAGCUCGAGACCAGACAGGGUGAACUGUCUUAGUGACCUUAACCCUUUUCCACUUAGAUACUUAUUUUGAGGCAUUUGUAGUCCUUUAGAAAGUUACAUUUUAUUAAAGACCUUUCUUACUAGAUUCAAGUUUUAAAGGCUUCAGUUCCAACCCUAAGAUACUGUUGAGAAGCAAACAGCAUAAAACCUGAACAGACUGCGAGUUACUCCCAGGCUGUUCUGGUGUUUUUAUGCUGUUUGCACAUAGCACAUGCUGUUUGCACAUAGCAUUUGUAGUCCUUUAGAAAGUAACAUUUUAUUAAAGACCUUUCUUACUAGAUUCAAGUUUUAAAGGCUUCAGUUCCAACCCUUAGAUACUGUUGAGAAGCAAACAGCAUAAAACCUGAACAGACUGAAAGUUACUCGCAGGCUGUUCUGGUUUUAUGCUGUUUGCACAUAGCCAUUUUCACUGUGCUUCUGAGUGGGAUAGGAUUGAAUUUAAUAAUGAUAAUUAAUAGCAUUGAAUUUAAUGAUGUUGGUACUUUGAUUUUUUACUUUUCAAAGGAAAUUGACAUAAAAGUGAAAGGGUCAUUUCUUUCUGUGUUCUGUUUGUAACUUUAGGCAUGCUGAUUGAAUUUUAAUCCAGGUGUUUAGCAAUAUUUUGUCAUGUUACUCUGCCUUAGCUUGUAAUUGCGAGGACUUAUCAAUGUUCAUAAUCAGCAAAUAUUGCAAAUAAUGACUAUGAUAUUUCUAUGCACGGUAAUUAAGUUUAACUUUAUAUUGCACGAAUAUGUUUUGGCUAUUGUUUAAACAAUAUGCAUUCAAUAAUAUGAGUUUAAGCAUUUACAUAUUAUAUAAAUGCAAGAGUAGUGAGUACAAGGUCGUAUAAUCUUGUAUUCCAGAAUUUUGCAUGCACUUGAGGUAUUUUCAAAUUUGCAACCAUUUUUUAAGAAAGGGCGUACAUUUAUGUUUUCAACUUGUUUUUUAUGCUGUUUUGGAUGUGUUCAGUUCACCCUGCUCAAGCAGAUAAACAUUUCUGUUUUUAUCUGUUUGAAUGUUUUCUGAUAAAAAUUCUGGACCACUGACCUAUGAUACGAUAAUUUAUUGUUUUCUUCCUUUUGAAAAGAAUUGUGUUUUUCUACUUUAUCAAAAUAUAGUGUUUAUAUGUUAAAAGCUUCAUGCUAGUAUUUCAGUUACUUGUAGAAUUAGCAAGGAAUAAAACAGUUCAUUUACCCCAGUAUAAUGAAUUAACAAAAUCCAUGCAUAAAAAUACAUGCCUAAAUUGUGAUUAACUGGUUGUGACUUUGAUCCUUGCCAAAAGAGUCAAGUUUUUUUUUCAAACAAAGGCUCUGAACUGGAAACACACUCCAUGCCUUAUCAAACACAUUAAAUAUAAAGAUAAUGCAUACAACAAUUAGUGAAUACAGCACUGGUAUGGUUAAGAUGAGAACACUUUUAAACAACAAAGUGCUAAGUUCUGACUUGAUAGUCUAGUUCUCGAUUGUUGCACUUGAACUAUGCUCCGCAAGGAUAUGUAUUGUGAGUUUCAACUAAGUUUUUACUGAUGAUAGUGGAACAAAAUGUUGUGUUAUUCUAGAUGUUUAUAUUUCUUUAGAUAUUAUAUAACAUAAAGCAUUUUUGUUGUUUUUGCUAUGCUUUUUCACAUAUUUCUAUCACAACUUGCUUUCUAAUUUUGCUAUGGUUUUACAAACAAAAUGAUUGUUGACAGUAAUGUUUUUUAUGUAAUGAUAUAGGAAGUACAUAAUACCAUAAAAGUAUUUACAUUUAACCACGUUAAACUGUUUAUGUUCUUAAAAUUGUCUUACUUUAAAACUUGUGUGAAUAUAUCUGAAUAUACAUGUUCUGUAUAA